AAUUUACUUUCAUCCUCCUCUCCUCUGCUUCCAUUUCACUCUUUCUUUUUCUCCAUGACCCUCUUCUUCUGCUCAUUCCUCUGAUCCAGAUCACUUCCUUAUAUACAGUUUCAGCGCUUUUUUUUGCAUAUACCCUUUUGUUUUACAAAGCUAUAAUCCAAGUUUCACUGUAAAAAUUACCCAAUUCAAUCUUGUUAUGCAGAUCUGGGUAGCAUUUUUUUUUUUGGAGGUAAUACGUAGAGACAGAUCCAAGAUUUAAUGUCAGUAGACCGAGGGUGCGGUUUAUUAUAUAUGCGUAUACAUGAUUCAAGCUGAAAAACAGUGAAUUCCAAUAGACCUGAUCAAAAGGGGUAGAUCCGAAUUUGGUAAUAAGUAUUCUUUUUUCUUCCCUUUUAUUAUAGUGUUGAUUAAAGGGGCAUGUAAUUUUGUGUUUUUGUAUCUUUUGGUUCUCACGAAUUGCGGUUGGUAAUUGGUUAAAGAUGGAAAUUUCCAGUGGACUGAGUCCUAGAGUGAACUCAGUUACAUCCAUUGAAGGUAAAAAAGAUGACCCAAAUCAUCAAAAAAUCGAAUUGGAAUCAAUAGAUACGGUUUCACAAACGGAUCACCAGUUUCUUACUUUGAAUGCACUGGAGAUUUUGAGGGAAACUGUGAGAAUUCUGCGGUAUAAUUCAAUAGGUUUCAUGACUAUUGCUGCAUUGCUAAUUUGCCCUGUGUCUGCUGUUGCUUUAUCUAAUGUAUUGGUUUAUCAGCCAUUUGUAACGAGACUGAGCAUGAGGUUAUUGCUUGUAGCCAAAACAAGUGGGCUUCCACUUAAGCCAUUUAUCAAGCAAUCUUGUCAUAAAUUCUCUGAAGUGGUGAUUUCAGCUGUAAUGUGCUUCCCACUGUAUGUAACUUUAUCGUUGUUGUCAAAAGCUGCGAUAGUUUAUUCAGUUGAUUGCACUUACUCGAGGAAAAAGUUUGAUUCACACAAGUUUUAUGUGAUUAUGACCAAGAUUUGGAAGCGGGUUGUUGUGACUUACCUGUGGGUGUGUGUGGUGAUUGCUGGAUGCCUCACAUUGUUUAUAGUACUUCUUGUUUCUGUGAGCAGUGUUUUUUCGAUAAUGGGGUUCCCUCCCGAUUUGAUUUUGUACCCCGCGAUGAUAGUAGGGAUGAUUUUCUCAAUAAUUUUAGCAAAUGCUAUUAUUAUAUGCAACAUUGCGAUUGUGAUAUCUGUUUUAGAGGAUGACUCUGGACCACAAGCAUUGCUCAUGUCCAGUUCACUCAUCAAGGGGCAGACACAAGUUGGACUUCUCAUAUUUCUUGGAUCAACUAUUGGGAUGGCAAUUGUGCAGGGUUUGUUUGAGCAUAGAGUGAAGACAAUAAGCUAUGGAGAUGGAUCUUCAAGAUUAUGGGAAGGGCCCCUUUUGGUAAUAUUGUACUCAUUUGUGAUACUUAUUGACUCCAUGAUGAGUACAGUUUUCUACUUCAGCUGUAAAUCGUAUAGAAUGGAAACCUCAAGUGAAGAAAGUCAACCUGUGCUAGAAGCCUUGACUAUUUCUUCAGCAUUAGCAGAAGUCCAAUCACAUGUUUGACAUUCGAAUUUAAGGCUCUUGAAGCUACGGGAAGUUAUUUUGACAAGGAGGAAUUACUACAUGAAGUUUGGAUUAACAUUCAAUUCAUGCAUCUUUUGGGGAAAAAAGAAUGAGUUGAAUCCUCUUAGAGAAAGUUAUCAGAUGCUGAAGGCGGAUAAGUUAUGUGGUUUAUCCUCAUUGACCACUUCAUCAUAAAUAGCUUCUAUGCAGAUCUGUUGUCUGCCAACAUAUUACCAGAAGAAAAUCAUCUGAAAGAUGGUAAUUUUGGGUUUUUGCACAGUAAUAAUCUGUUGAAAACCUCAGCUGAGAUUUGAAAAUUUUAAACAAUGUACUUUUUGUCAUUCACAAUUUAUAAAGAUAUCUUGGAGUUUUCUUU